AUGACAGGCGUACAGCCAAAUGAUACACCAAUUCUGCAGAUACCAAAGCAGCGGACCAAAGAAGGACGGACAAAAGGAGACGAAUCAGUGCCGAGUCGGCUGGUAUCCGGAUUUCGGAAAAUCAGUGGACGACUACGACGGAAAGGGUCGCUAAACCUUGAUCCAGAGAAAGAGAACCAUGCACCAAGGCAGAGGUCGAAAUUUCGCUCUUCAAGUGAAAAUAACAGGGAGCCAAUGGGGAUGCCAAGAGUGAGUCUUGAAAAUUUGCGGUUGGACAACAGUCUGGCAGUAAACGGCAAGCCCUCGGUGACUGAAGUGACUUCUUUGGGUCUUGGACUUGCAGGAAAAGGACUAGAGCAACGGAUCUCGUCAAACGUGGAUUACCUUGGCUCAAAGAAGCCGGCGGCAUACCGGAAUGCGAUUCGAGACAGUAGAUAUCUUCGGGAUGGGUUGGAGGCCCAGCAAGUGGAUAAGGCACAUUCAGGAAAGCUUUUAUCGUUGGACAUGAAAAACAAAUCACCAAUCUUUUAUAUUCGGAGGAUCAUGAGUCGGAGCAUGAAUUUAAAGAAUUACCGGUCUCUUGAGAGAAUGCUCAGGAAUCGCGAGCAGAAUCAGGCCUGGAUCCGGGAGUUUCUCUCGUUUCAAGGCCAUAUUACGCUUGGUGUACGACUCCAGGGAAUUGGAAAACGGACAAUCAAGUCGAACGUGCAGCUCGAUGAGGAAUUCACGAUCAUCAACUCGAUCCGGAACGUGAUGAACUUCCAGGAGCAGGUUGACGGUAAAAUGCACAUGGCAGAAGUCAACCGGUAUGUUGUGCCCAGUCUUCUUUCACCUAGAAUCAUUACAAGGAAUGCCGCAACAAGCAUGCUUGUGCUCUCAGUGGCGUACGAACGUGAGCUAGCCACAAAGUCCAUUCUUGAUGGCUUGAUGGACACAAUCGAGACUUCCGAGAUCAGCUCGAUGGAUGAUGCAUACAGCGAUAUUUCCUCGUGGAGUGCGAAUGCAGGCAACCCAUUCUCUGCGUGGAUCAACUCGGCUCAGGAGCUUAUUCUGGAUUUCGAGUCUGAGAACCCGCAGCUGGUUUACUCUUACGAGGAUUUUUCAAAGGGCAGAUUGACUCCGCAGUCCAUGAUCAAGGAAUAUGCGUUGCUCAGCAUCUUUUUAGUGACAUCUCUAGUGUCUACACACACUGAAAAGAGGGCUCGGAUCCGGAUUCGAACCCAGCUCGAGGAUGCUGGGCUCUUAAAGCUUUUCAACUGUGCGAAAUCAUUGAGAUCUGACGCAAUUGAUGAUUUAAUCGACAGCUACCACUCUUUCAAAGAUGACGAUUCGGACCCCGGCUGGUCCGAGGCUGUGGUAUCUACGAAAGAUCGGAAAACAGAGGCAACAAGCACAGAAGAUAGCAAUUUGUCGGACUUCAGCGAGCGGAUGUUGGACAAUGCUUACGUGUCCAGUAUUCUGGACAGUAUUACAGAGAUAUGUCGGUCCAAUAAGAAGGACUCAGCCAUGUCUUAUCUCCGUAUGCUCAGUGUGAUGACAGAGAAUUUGCUCCACAUGGAGAAAAUCGACGACCAGAAUGUUUUGGUUUCUACACAACUCCUCUUGGACAAGCUAGGUUCCGAGGCUGUGCUGAAACAAGUGUCUUCGGAGUCAAUUGCUGCUGCCAGGGAGCUCCAGAAGUACAGGGAGCAGGUCAAAAGUUUAAAAAAUGAGAUUCACAGACUAGAAUCGGGAACAUACCCUCUAUCUUCAGAUCAUACAACUGCAGAAAUCGAGGUGAACCGAUCAGCUCGGCACACAGAUGCAUCUGGAAACCUGCUGACGAAUAAUUUUGCAACCUCUGCCUAUUUUGAGCCUUAUGAGCAUUAUGUUGUUGGAGAUGAGAAGUUCAUUUCCAGAGGCGUUUCAACCGAUGAAGGGGGCAGGGCGGACGUUGAACCGGAGAUGCACGAAAAAAAGCAGCAGACACAGCCGGAAGCUAUUGCACAGCCGGAAACUAAUGCACAGCCUGCAUCUUCUGCAACACAUACAGUAAAUGUAUCUUCCACAAUACCUCCCCCACCUCCACCUCCUCUUCCUCCAUCCCUCACUAAGCAAUCUGGAUCCCUGCCACCACCACCUCCGUUACCUGGUUUUCUUGAAAAAUCCGAUUCCAGUGCUUCUCUACCCCCUCCUCCUCCUCCCCUACCGCCAGCACUUGCAAAAAAGCCAGCCAAUAAAACAAAAAUGAAGCACAUACACUGGGACCAGGUUGGUGACGUGUCGCACACACUGUGGGCCACGAUAAACAGCGAGAAAAUUCAGAAUUCUUUGCAGAAGGCGGGAGUUUUAAAAGAUAUAGAGCAAGUAUUUCAGGCAGCGCAGCUUUCGGCAAAGGCUCACCAGUUUAAGGCGAAGAUCAACCGUCCGCAAAGGGCGAAUUUGCUCCCGCGAGAGUUGCAGCAGCAGUUUGGCAUCAAUUUACACCAGUAUUCUGACCUAAGUGUGGAUGAGUUUGUGUCAAAAGUACUGAAAUGCGAUAAGGAACUGUUGAAAAACAGCACGCUCAUUCAGUUCUUCAACUGGGAGGAGCUUCUUGCACUUUCACCAGGCACCAUCUCAAAAUUUAAACCAUACUCAUCCAUUUCCAUCACUGGUGAGUUGACAAAGCCAAAAUUGGACCCUUCUCGGUUGGCCAGGUUUGAUCGUAUCUACUUGGAACUUUGCUACGAGCACAGAGGGUACUGGGGUGCUCGAUCAAGGGCUCUUGUACUGGCAUCUUCCUACGAACGCGAUUAUCGCGAUUUACUUCGUAAGUUGACACUUGUAGACAAGUCGAUCGACAGCAUCCGGACAUCCGAGGCAUUUCCGGAAGUUUUGGGAGUUAUCAAGAGCAUCGGUAACUAUAUGAACGAUGACUCCAAGCAGAUUGAUGGAUUCAAGCUGUCCGCUUUGCAGAGGCUCAGUUUUCUCAAAAAUAGCACCAAUACGGGCACUUUGCUUCACUUUAUUGAAAAAGUGGUCCGGUCGAACUUCCCCGAUCUUGCCGUCUUUGUCGAUGACUUCCGCGAACUUGCAAAGGUGUCCAGGCUUUCCGUCAAUUUGCUCAAAGAGGAAAUCAUGAAGUAUGACACCACAGUCAGCAGCUGUAAUAAAGAUUUUACCUCUGGCUGUCUCAGUGAUGCCAGCAAAAUUGACCCGAAAGAUAAGAUCAGAGAUUACAUGGAGCACAUUCUCUACCGCUCAGGAAAUCAUGCUGACUUCUUGAAGACACAUAUGAAGACAACUUUUGCAGACUUUGAUGACCUAAUGCUGUAUUUUGGAGAAGACGCCAAAGAUAGCAAUGCCAGAGAAGAAUUCUUUCAAAAAUUCCAGACGUUUAUUGACGAAUACAAACGUGUGCACACGGAAAAUGUGCGUGCUGAGGAGGAGGCUAAAGCUAUGGAGAUAAGAAAGAAGAUGAUUGAGGAUUUCAAGAAUAAAAAGAGUGAUACGCCGGACAACGACGAGUUUUCAGAGGGCUCUAAUGCGGUUGAGGCUUUGCUUAUGCAGCUUCGGGCAAACAGUCCGUUGAAGAAAAAGCGUACGCAGUAUAAAAAAGUGAGGCUGGAAAACCCAACCACAGAUUCUCUCACGAACAAGGCUCAGGAGAUGCUUGAAAAUUUGGAAAAGGCGGAAACCGAAACGGAAAACGACGAAACUACCAACAAGACAGAAAACACAGACUUGAGUAGCGCCAGAUUAUCGAGAAAUAGCAUAAGAAUUGCAAAUCUGCAGAGAAACAGUCUCAACUCACCAUCCAUGGACAAGAGCAGGCUCUCUAUAAUUACAGUUCUUGUUAAUGGGCCGGAUGACAGAGAGCUUGAUGCACUUUCCGCGUGCGAUUUGAGCUCUGAUGAUGGCAUUGUUGACAUGAUGGAUGAUGCUGAUAAUCCAUACAUGUCUGAAGACGAAGCUGGAAAUGAGACUACAGAAUCAAACAUGGCUGUUAAGGAAGAAGGGGAGACCAACAGUACAAAUAAACACAGUGAAACGAUAAUUCCACCGAAGCCUAAUUGUUACAAUUCAGAGAACUUGGACAAAGCCAUCAAUCAUGCAAUCGAGGGGAUUGUUCAAGGAAGCAAAAAGAAAGAGUGA